UAGUGUGCUUCCCCGCAAACUCGCUUGGACAAGGGUACGCACCAUGAUGGCUUAUCUUGAGCUGAGGCACUUGACCCCUGCGUCUGGACCAUCGUCGAACCUUUGACUGGAUGAUCAAGUGAUAGAAAUCAUUAUGUAUCCAUCAUUUACAUGAAGAACGAGUCAUUGACUUUCUUUCUCUUACAAACACACACACACGACUUGAUCAUCCCUGGCAUAUCUCACAUCCAUCCAACACAGCAUCGUAACACAGCUUGCUUCACAGUCAAUUGGCCCAAACAGGAAAUCCAACAUGGCCACAAGUCUCCAACGGCCUAAGCUGCGUGCCAAGACGGGCUGCCUUUCAUGCCGACAACAGCGCAUCAAGUGCGAUGAGCGAACUCCAGUGUGCCGAGCCUGUUGCGCCUCACGAGUCCCGCGCAAUUGCCAGUGGCCUUUAGACAAAGACCUUGUCGACCGCCGCUUCCGAUCAUGCAAGCUUCGCGAGGCGGUAAAGGGUCAUCAUCGUCAAUCGGUCCCCUCGCCUUCUGUGGUGACGCCGCAGCUUCUGUUGGCGGACUUUGUCCUGGCUCGUAAACGAGAACGAGGUGACAUCGAAUGGACACUCUUCCACGAGUUCGGCCGUCGAGGAACACCGCUUCUUUUGCUGCCACAUUGCAGCUCUGUCUUCUACAAGGCAUGGCAUGCUGCUAUACGCGGCAUCAUGGUAUCACGCAAGAGUCUGUCGCCUGCUCUCAUGGCGUGUGCCGCAUCCUUCGUUUCCGCCAGAGGAGGGCUGCUUGGCAUGUGCCAUGUUUCUCAUCAAUACUAUACCGACUCGCUGGCCAGGCUCGCAGGCUCACUCUGCCAAAGCUCUCCAGAGAAGGACGAUGAUAUCCUUGUCACCAUUGUGCUCCUGUACGCUUUCAACUACAUAUCUGGCUCCUCCUCCUGGGAGGAUCAACCUCAGCACGUCAGCGCUGCCAUCAAGAUCAUCAUUUGCCGGAUACUGAACGCAACGAGCGCUGAAGACUUUUCGGCCUUUUUUCGUCUGACACUUGAGAGUGUCCUGUACCAAGUCUUCCUAUUGAACAACGGCCUUUGGUCCAGUGCAACCAACUACGUGUCCCUCCAGCCGCUAAACUCGGAGUUUUGGGCUCGCUCUGAGGAGCUCCUAGGACAUCCUGCCAAUCUAGACUUCGCCCGGAUGAGCCUCAGUAGCCCGGUUCUUGGUAUACCCUUGGCCGUGAUGCGCCUCGCCAUGUUUCUCGGCCAGCUUUGCCUCGGAAGAGAAUCCGGAAGUAUAGGAGAUCUGGUGAAGCUGCAGACUGAGGUCACAGCCUGGGAAGACUUUGCGCUGCAGGCUGUGGAACACACCCAUGCAUCCGAUGCGCUGAACAGAGAUUCCAACUGCUUAUACGCCAUGAUCGCUUCUAUUCUCAUGCAACAUCUCAUGGCUUUUGGCCCAAACGCAGGACUUCCCAAGGUGUCCCCAAUAGACAGUUGGCAAGCCUGUGUGGCACUUCAGAUCCUGUCCAGACGUGCUGGGGAUCAUCGCUGGUCCGAGUGUUUCAUCGGGACCUGGCCUGUAUACGCUCUUGGAUUCUUGCUAUCUGAACGCGAGGACAGAGACAUUGUGCGUCGCGACAUUCAGAGUCGGCGGGAGCUCACAGGCUUCUGGAUAGUCAAACGCUUCCAAGAAGACUUGGAGAAUUCUUGGGCCGGGCUCGAGCCAGACUCACCAUUGGCAUCCGUCAACUACAACGUCCCAGACACACCUAAUAUCGCUUCCUUGCAGUCUUCCAUACCUAUCGUAGCGUUAUGAGGCAAAGCCGCACUGGGAGUGGCUUGAGAACGAAGUAAAAAGGGCAUCUUCCGGCUAUACAUCUUUAAAAUGUACAUCUUCAAAAUGAGACCAGUUAAUAAUAUGCUAGUGAAAAAGCUUUCAGCUAUUGGUUAGAGGGCAGUUUGUCCGGUCAAAACUGCAUCAUGUUCCUCAUUAUACGUGAGUAAUGUGACUCUGCUGUAGUUUGGUGAUCAGCAACUGAUCAUUCUCGUUAAACCUCUGGUUUUUAUAAAUCACUCCCCUAGUCAGUUCGUGUGAUAACUCAAUAAUUAAC